AUGAACAAGAGGCGCCCUGUUGAUUUCAGCGGCUUGGGAGAGGACCCUCGGAAGCCCCUCAGAAUACAGCUCCACCCGAUCGCAGACUCUCCGGCGCCCCGGAGACAGGGCGGGGGGAGGGGGUGGUGGUCUGCAGCCCGGCAACGGGGCCCCCGGAAACUGUGGUGUUUCCCGCCACGGCAACGGUCUGCUGCUCAGUCGUGGCGGCAGCAGCGGCAGGGAAAGGAGGCUGGCAAAGAGGCGGGCGAGAGCGGCUGGCGAGCAGGCGGGGAGCCUGGCGCAGAGUUUUCCACCCGCGGCGGGGGCGGGCAGGAGUGCAACAGGGCGAUUGCGUGGCUGACUGAGAAAGAAAGGCGGGAGCCGGGGCAUGGGCACGGCAGGAUAGCGACUCGGCAGCUGGGGUUUAGAGACGGCACGGCGCCGGGGACUCCCCUCUCCCGCCCGGGCACGGAGCCGGCAGGGACGCCGCAGGGUCCUAAAGUCUCCCGCCUUCCAUCCCCGGGGCGGCAAACCUGGUGGCGGAAGGCGGGAGCAGGGGCAGCCAGGCUCGCCGCGAACUGCGUGGCAAGCCCGCGUGGUCGGCCGCGUCGACGUCCGGCCUGCGCCCGUGCCUGCCUACGGGCGAUGCGCUCGGCUCCCGGUCGGACCCGUCCCUGGGAAAGCAGCAGCCGCGUGCCUCGGCCUGGGCAGAGACCUGGGGCCCCAGGGCCCCAGCCAGGGCUGCCGGAGAGGCGCGACGCACUUCUAACAGAGGGCCGGCGGCGGCUCUGUCACCAGCGGGAUGCGUUCGAGUGGUGAGGAUGGGCCCAGCGGCCUUAGGUGGCGGUGGGGGGCCACUCCUUCAGUGACGGGAGCCGGGGGGGGGAAACGGCCCCAGGGUGGGCCGGUCAGCCAGCACGGCGGCCACGUGAGCUCCUCGUCUCCGAGGAUGCUCGGCUAAAGUCAGCCUCGGCCACGGGGACCGCUUGUCAGGCAGCGCAGCCGACUGACGUUUUUCAGAGGCCUGCGAGACUGCCGUCCCGCGGAGGCCGGCCGUGUCCUUGGAGAGGCUUUCUCGGGACGGAGGCCCGUCCCGGGAAAACGCAGUGGGGUAGGGGGAAGGUGUGGGCAAAA